UCAUGUUUAUAUUGCAUGCAAAGUUCAGUGUGUGUGUGUGACAUUUUAAAUGAAUCAUAUCUUCUAAUUUAAACUUUCUUUUCGUUUUUGCCCGGUCAAAAUUUUGAUAUAUGCUCGAACACAAAUGGCUAAUCAAGAAUCAACAGCUCAUGAACAAUUGACAACUGAAAUUUCCAACGAUGACACGGAAAGAAAACAGAAAAUUAUCGAUUUGAAAAUAGAAGGUAAUCAACAGUUUAAAUUGGGUAAUUAUGAAGAAGCGAUUCGAUUUUAUCUAAAUGGAUUAGAUAUCUGUUUGGCACACGAUCAAGAUGAUGAUGAUAAUCGGCAAACAAUGGUAAUUUUAUAUUCAAAUUUGGCUGCAGCCAAAGAUCAUCUACAGCUAUAUGAUGAAGCAAUCGAAUAUUGUGAUAAAGCAUUGGCAAUAAAUGAUUCACAUUCAAAAGCUCUAAUACGACGUGCUCAACUUUAUCGAAAAACCGAUAAACUUGAUGAAAGUGUGGCCGAUUAUAAUCGUUUCGUCGAAUUGAAUCCCAAUGAUAAAAGUAUUCUGCCAAUUAUUCAAGAAUUGAAAUGUCAAAUCGAUGAACGAAAUGAAAAACUAAAAGCCGAAAUGUUAACCAAACUAAAAGAUCUUGGCAACGUUGUUCUCAAACCAUUCGGUCUUUCAACGGAUAACUUUAAACUUGUAAAAAAUCCCGAAACCGGUGGUUAUUCAGUUGAUUUUCAAAAAAAUCAAUAAAUGACAUUGAAAAAAAAUAAAUUGAUUUUUUUUAA